AUGUCCAGUAAUGGAUAUGCCUUUUUGGCCAUUGUCAUACAUUACAUUACAAAUGACUGGAAGUUAGAUGAAAAGCUUAUCACUUUUGAGGAGAUAUCUGGCCACCAUAGUGGAGAUAAUUUGGGUGCCAUUGUAUGGCAGGUUAUUGAGCAGUAUGGUAUUAAAGAGAAGUCUGCCAUGUAUGGUGCAAACUAG